ACAGUUGCAGCUGACAAAUUUCAAACUGGGCGGCGGGUAGUUGAAGCAAAGACAGAAAAAACACAACAAAGGUUCAUUGUCGAGAAUUUAACCAAAAGUGUUAAGAAAAUGACCAGCACAUUGAAAGGUAUCACUCUAAAAGGAAGCGCGGAGCUUGUGGCCGAGUUCUUCUCAUUUGGUAUCAACAGCAUCCUGUACCAGCGGGGCAUCUAUCCUCCAGAGACAUUCACCAGAGUCACCCACUAUGACAUGAGCCUUCAGCUCACCACUGAUCCCAAACUGAAGAACUACCUGACCAAUGUGGUAUCUCAGCUCAAAGAGUGGCUGUUUGAGUGCACAGUGCAGAAGCUGGUGUUGGUGAUCACGUGUCUGGAAACCAACGAGGUGCUGGAGAGAUGGCAGUUUGACAUCGAGUGUGACAAGUCGGCCAAGGAGAGCAGUGCUCCCAGAGAGAAGUCCAUUAAGACCAUUCAGGAUGAGAUCCGCUCUGUCAUCAGACAGAUAACAGCCACAGUUACUUUCCUGCCGCUGCUGGAGACGCCAUGUGCGUUUGACCUCCUGGUCUACACAGACAAAGACCUGGUGGUUCCAGACAAGUGGGAAGAGUCAGGGCCACAGAUCAUCGACCAAUCAGAGGAGGUGCGUUUACGUUCCUUCACCACCUCCAUCCACAAAGUGAACAGCAUGGUGGCGUACAAGAGGACGGACUCCGUUUAAACAUCCCCCAACACCCUGUGAGCUGUAUAUAGCACCAACCACUGCCCUUUAUAGACAACAGUAGAUUUUACACUGCCCUGCCCUACCUCGCUAUCUGUGUCUGUCCUGUGUGCUGUGUUCUCCCACUUUCCCUUUCAGAAUCUUGUCUCAUGUUUUUUUUGAGGAGGAUGUGUGGACAAUCUUCUGUCUACACUGAUGUAAAUAUUUCUCAUAAGCAGUCAUUUGUCUGUUAGGAACAAUCUUUUCUUAAAUGUUGUUUCCCCAUUCGCUCAAGUUGUCAGGCUCUGUUUUAGAAGCUUAGUGGUUUAUAUGUUAAACUUUUAUAAAACGUCAUUAAAAAAUAAAUGUGAUUUGGCUCUA